CAACGAGGCCCCAGUUUUGUAUAGCUCCCAGCCUGCACAAGUACUUUCAUGGACGGUCCUCGCAGGAACCCAUGGACCCUGGAAACUGCAGCAGGAUAGCGACCGAAUCAAGGCCAACUCAAGAGGGGGCACAGCGCGGCCGGGACCGCUGCGCCCCGCCCGCGCAGUCAGACCGAGCAGCGGCGAGCGGCGACUUGCGGCGGAGCAGCGCGAUGGUGAACCGAGCAGCGGCGAGUGGCGAUUUGCGGCGGAGCAGCGCGAUGGUGAACCAAGCGGUGCUGGACAGCAACAAGCGGCGGUGCGGUGUGGUGCUGGGGGGAGUGGCUUCGGGGUGGUGUGAGGUGGUGGUGGAGAAGUUUUGGGGUGAAGGGGAUGAUGGGAAGGAUGGCGAUAAGGGUGAUGCAUCGUGCGUAGAGGAUGAGGCUACUGCGAAGAGGCUGCUUGUGAAGGGCUGCGAAGGGUAUGGGAUGCCAGCAUAAUCAUCAAAGCUACGAAGGGCGGGGUGUCACGUUUUUAACGAAAGAGGUGGCUUUAGGUUUUCAAUUCUAAUUUGAUCCAAGAACUGCGGACUCAUGAAUGAAUUCAAAAUUUUCUA